CUGUAUCAGGUAGGUCUUCGACCAUUACGGAUUCAAAGGGUACGUUUUAUACACCUUCCCUGUACAUUUUCCUCUACGCUUUAAGGCAUUUUAAUGGCUGCUAUUCAGUGACAGAGCAGGUGUACUGAUUAAGAGGCAUGACGAACCAGUUAUGUUGUAUCGGUAAACCGUCGAUGACGAGGGUCUUGCCUGUAUGUUCAGUGACGCGCCCUGUGCUUUAUCUUUCAGUACAAUUGGUCUUUACCAGCCAUGCUUGGACAGAUCCUGCGCUUCAGAGGACAGGAGUGAGAGUUGUCAAAAACCCCUCCACAUCUGUAGCCUAGUUAACGUGAUUCAAAUGGAAAGUGACAAUGUCCGCAAAAAGAUGCCAUUCACCUUCUACCACGAGGACCCUUCGCUCUCUUGGACACUACGAGAACUUGCUAGCCGCAAUGCAUGAGUGCAAGAACACAACGGUUGCCUUCACCUCGUGGAUUAACUCAAAACUCUUCCUCUCUGACGAUGUUUGGAAAACCUCCCUUCAGCUGCUCCAGAAAAACAUCCCGCAUCUUCGUCUUAACAUAGAAUGGCAAGACGGCAAAAGGUACUUCAAGUAUAUGGACGACCCCUAUGUGGAUAUGGAGAUCGUGGAUGUGACGUCAGACGACGACUGGAAGAUGGUGCACGAGGAUAUGAUGCGCGUGCAAUUUCUGAAAGAAAAUGCCCCUCUUUGGAGGGUAAAAAUUUUGCGCAUGCUCAGACCAAGUGACAUCUCCCACAACUCGGACUAUAGAUCAUAUGCACUUAAUGGGUAUCCAUCAUUUGUAGUGUUUGGCAUUCAUCACGUUAUUUUGGAUGGAACAUCUUAUAUAUUGAUGUUAAAGAAGCUACUUCAAUACCUCAACGCAGUUUCAAAAGACGACCCCAUUGAGAAGGACGAAGUCGUCACAUUCCAUCGAAACAUGGAGGCACUCUUGCCCCAAGACCAGAUGGUAUUCAAGUGGACAGACUAUUAUAAAGUGUUAAAAGAAAGAAUACACAGUUUGUUUCCGUACCACAGUCCGUGCAUGAAGCGUUUUCCACCACCACCAAAUUCAGGCGAGGAAUAUACAAAGACAGUAGCUUUGGAAUUCACAAUUUCAGAGACGGAAAGACUCAUAGCAAAGUGCAAAGAACACCAGACAACUGUCCAUGGUGCCUUGGUGGCUGCUGCGUCGAUUGCCCUUGUUAAUGCCAUUAAUGCAGGAGCUACGCCACGACCAGCAGACGUCCCUACCUCCCACGCUGUUAAUAUGCGACGUUUCAUGCCACCCGAGUUUCAAAAUGCGUUCGGGCUUUUCUUUGGCUUGACGAACAUAACAGUGAGUGUUCCUGCUGUUGCCACUUAUCAAUCGUUUUGGGAACUAGCCAAAAGCUCAAAACAUGCACUUCACGCAAAUUUAAACAACGGAAAUGUGAUACAGGGUUGUAAAAUCCGCGGCCAUCUUUUACCAGACGAUAACAGUGUAAAAGGAUUGCUAGCAUCUGAUCAGUGCAAAUAUGAUAUGGGUACAUCAAACAUAGGAGACUGUGACAAGCAUUGUCCUCCUGGAGAAGCAGACGAUAAUGUUCACGCCACGAGAAUCGUCACUUCCGCCGCAAUGCAGAAUUUGUCAAAAUUGUUUUAUCAUUACUUGCACAAAUUUCGAGGUCGCUUCUGUUACAAUCUUGACUAUGGGACCAACUGGGUUUGCGAAGUGAACGCCAUUAAGCAAGCUGAAAUGACAGUGGAGCUGAUGAAAAUGGCUGCAGGGGAGGAGAAAUAUUAGAAAUAAUUAAGAAAUAAACUUGCGAAGUAUUUGUUUUGUGCAGUAGGUCAUUUAAGUUACAGAGGGUUUUAAAGAUUGAUAUAGUAGAGAAAAGGAGACUGAGGAAAAAGAGAAAAAAUAAUGGCUCAAAAUGGACUGAAACAUUUUAUGAGAGCCCAUCAACAUUAAAAAGAAAAAAUAAUAAUAG